CGUUACAGGCAAGACUGCAUCAACCUUGACUGGGGCGAGCUCCAAGGUGUCAUCUGUUCACCAUUCCAACUCCAGUCCAUCUCCGCUGGCACCAUAUCAGCAAAGGCGUGUCGAUGUCCCUCCAGACAGCGGCCCUUAAUCGGCCCUGGCUGUCAGCCCCUGAAUCAGCACCGUCCGUGUUGGUCGUCCCUAAAGAGGACGCCCCUGUCCUUCGGCCUGAUGAGAAGAGCACUGGGUCGGAGGAAAGCCCGGGAGAGACGAAUACUCACGACAAUACGGAGUUCAAGGAAGGGGGUUAUGGCUGGGUGGUCGUCUUUUCAGUCCUGCUCAUCAAUGCGCACACAUGGGGUUUGAACUCGUCAUAUGCCGUCUUCCUGGCCUACUACUUGCGGUCUGGCACAAUCGAGGGGUCUUCCCCGCUUGGAUUUGCCUUUGUGGGCGGUUUGUCCAUAUCAAUAGCUCUAUUGGUAUCUCCCUUUGCUACCUGGUGCAUUGGUCGGUUUGGGACGGCCUUCAGUUUGCGAAUUGGUGUUGUCUUUGAAGCUGUCUCAUUUAUCGGGGCUUCGUUCUCUACCCACAUCUGGCAUCUCUUGCUCAGUCAGGGCUUGUGCUUCGGCCUAGGACUGGGCUUCUGCUUCACAUCCAGCGUCGGCGUGGUUUCCCAAUGGUUCAACAAGCGCCGCUCGUUCGCAAACUCGGUCGCCACAUGCGGCUCUGGCUUCGGCGGCCUCACUUACUCGCUAGCCACCAAUGCCAUGAUCUCCAACCUCGGUCUAGCGUGGGCCUUUCGGAUUUUGGCCAUCUUGGCCUUCGUGGUGAAUGGGGCCUGCAGUCUAAUAUUGCGCGACCGCAAUAAGGCUGUCGGGACUGUCCAUAUACCCUUCCACAAGGACCUCUUCAAGCAUCUCCAGGUUUGGCUGUUUAUUGGCUGGGGAUUCUUCAGUCUCCUGGGUUAUGUCAUUGUUGUCUUUUCCCUUACCGAUUACGCUCAGUCGGUAGGCUUUUCGGCGAGCCAGGGAUCACUUGCGGCAGCCAUUUUCAACUUGUCGCAAGGCAUUGGAAGACCCCUCAUUGGCCUGGCUAGUGACCGGUUCGGGCGCAUCAACGUCGCCGCCAUCGGCACCCUCAUUGCUGGCUUGGCAGCCUACUUUCUAUGGACAUUCACCGGUGCUCAUUUCCCAGGUCUCAUCGUAUACGCUCUCUUUGGCGGGUUCGCGGGCAUCAUUUGGCCCUGUGUUGCGCCGGUCGGGGCCGAAGUGGUAGGCUUACAGCUGUUGCCUUCUGCGCUGUCCAUAUACUGGCUUGUUUUGGUCUUGCCGGCGACAUUCGCUGAGGUGAUUGCCCUGCGUCUGAAAACGUCAGGGGCAGGCGCAUACCUCAACGUCCAGGCCUUUACAGGAACCAUGUAUAUUGCCGCAUUCAUGUCCUUAUGGCUUCUGAGAAGCUGGAAACUGCAGCAGCUGGAGCUGCUGGGUUUGGAUGACAAGACAAUAACGGAGGAUAACAACGUGUGCGGCGCAGGCCCCAUUCCAGCCGCAACACGACCGUCUGGACGACUCCGAGCCUAUCUACAUGGCAUGGCCGUGAUCAGGAAGGUUUGAAGUACAGCAGAGCGACUGCAAAGCCGUGUUGUCAACGAAUCAAAUCCGUUGAUGAAAUCAUGGCAGGGGAACACUCACCAGCCUGAU